CAAUUCUGGUCAUACACUUCCACCGUCGCAAAACUCAUCUCCUAAUUCAAAAUUAAGAUGCCAUGCAAGUUCAUCUAAAGAGAAUGGCUUGGGUAGUAUGAGUGAGGGCUAUGGAUCAUGGGACUCCUGAUAAUAUGAACUGGGCUGGACUACUGCAGAAUGUGCUGGUUAUGGUUAAUCUCAGACAGAUCACUUGUGGUUCUGUCUGGUUCUCCAUCCCAGAAGAACAAGAGGCUGGCGUUCGGGUCGGGUCACUUGGUAAAGACUUUUCCCCUCCAUACCAGCUACUGACUCAGGAAUAUCUAUGGCUGGACAAAAACACAGGGGAUCUCUAUACCACUGAGCAAAAGAUGGAUCGUGAAGAGCUUUGCCCAGAGGAGACAAAGGCCAAAGAAUGCAUUAUAAUACACAAUGCCAUCGUGGGGCCCUCGGCAGACCUUAUACAAUUUCCAGUGGCCAUAGAGGACAUCAAUGACAAUGCACCUCUUUUUGAAAACAGCGACAUUUUUCUAAAUGUUUCCGAGGAUGUGGCUGUGGGGACCAGUUUCCUAAUAGAUGACCAAGCCCAGGACAAAGAUACUGGGAGUAGCAGAGAGUUACAGUACCAUUUACAGGAUUCUGAUGGGAUUUUCAGUUUAAAAGUGGAAAAGGGCCCGGUCAUUAUGCUGGUUGUGCAAACGGCCCUAGACAGAGAGAUCCAGGACAGCUAUCAGAUGAUUCUGGUGGCCACUGACUCUGGUCCAAACCCUCUAAGCGCUACACUAAAUGUGACGGUCAAGGUGACUGAUGUUAAUGACAACUGUCCAAGGUUUGUCUCCGAAAGCCCCGCAUGUGUCAUCGUCCCUGGGGACUCGUACAGGGACAUGGUGGUAGCCCAGGUCAGAGCUGAAGACCUGGAUUUAGGCCCCAAUGCAGCCAUCACCUACUCCCUCAGUCCCAAGGUCUCUGAGCGAGCCAAGAAGCUCUUUAGCCUGGACAGCCACACCGGGCACAUCAGACUGACACAGGACCUCCAGAGUGACAGCUCUGAGGAGCUGGUGUUGAAGGUGUUAGCCAGCGGCCAUCACUGCCCUCCAGCAGACACUUGGGUAACUGUAUCUGUGCUCCCUAUGGCAAGCAAAGCACCAGCGAUAAAGAUCAGGUUUAUAGCAGAACAUCAAAACCAGACUAUAGUGUUACCAGAGAACCAGCCCCCAACUGUCUUGGCUCUCUUAGAGCUUGGGGGAGAGAGUGACUUAAAAGGAAUGUCUCUUAUCAUUGAGGGAGAAGUGCCUUUCUCACUAAACACACAGAAUGGCAAAUAUCUUCUUUCUACAUCAAAGUCUUUAGAUUAUGAAAUGAAAAGUGAGUAUCAUAUUUCUGUAGUGGUGCGUAGGCCAUCAGCUGAAGGUUUUGUGACCACACGUUCUCUGCCAGCGAUUAAGGUGCGGGUGCUGGAUGUCAAUGAUAACUACCCCCACUUCCUCCAGUCUCACUAUGAGCUUCAGGUGGAAGAGAACAACCAACCAGGGAUGGCACUGCUGUGGAUGAAAGCUUCAGAUGCAGACAGUGGGGACAAUGGGAGAGUCACCUACAGGCUGGGCAAACACACAUCUACAAUCUUUAGAAUAAACAGUUUGACAGGUCAGCUGUCGGUGUCAGCCUCUCUGGACAGGGAACAACAGGAUAUGCACACUGUCACCGUAUCAGCAAGAGAUAGUGGCUCUCCUUCGUUGGACUCAAUGACGACAGUAUCCAUUCACAUUUUUGACCAGAAUGACAAUGCUCCAGUUUUUCGAACCCCUCACUUCAUCUUUUUCAUCCCUGAGAAUGUCCCGCCCCUUGCCCAGGUGGGGAGGAUAGGGGUUACAGACCCAGAUGUAGGGGAGAAUGGGAACAUAGAGGUACAUGUCAUUGACAGCAGUGGAAAAUUCGUCAUAGAUAAUGUGCAGAAGAGUCUACGCUGCACCACUAGUGUGGACCGAGAGAUGAAGGACCAAUAUGAGCUACAGCUGCUGGCCUCUGACAAUGGCCACCCCUCUCCGCUGACUUCGACUGCCAAGGUAACUAUCUUUGUUGAGGAUGUCAAUGACAACCAGCCAAAAGUAAUCCUUCCCAACAGCAACCUGUCCUGUCUGACCGUCUCUCCAGCAACCACAGCAGGUACCAUGGUUAUGAAGAUCUAUGCCAUUGAUGAGGACUCAGGACCAAAUUCAGAUAUCACUUACAUCAUUGCAGCACGAGAGCCAGCCCACAAACACAGCCCAUUCCGGCUUGACUCGAGGUCAGGGAACAUCACCCUUGUUCAGCAUCUACUGGGAGAGGACCUAGGCAUGCAUCACUUGUUCAUCGUGGUCAGCGAUAAGGGGAAACCAGCCCCACUCCACACAACUGUUUGGGUCAAUCUACUGGUCAAUGAGACCAUGGAGCCGUGCCACCUGGACAGUCUACCCAAGUCUCUGCCUUACAGGCUGGCACCGCCCCCCUCAGAGGCACCCAUCUGUCGAACUGAGGGGGGGCCUGCCAGCUACACUCAGCUGAUACUGUUAGUGGGUCUUGGUAUGAUGCUUGCAUCCAUCUGUUUGUCUGUGAUAACAGCUGUUUUAUACCUGAAACAGAAGAAAAGAUGUUUACAACAGAACAAAAAGGGGUGUGCUGAGGACAAUGAGAUUCCACUCAGGCUAAAAGCGAAAUAUUACUCUGAUGAAUAAUGGAAAAAACAAUUAUUUCAUGCAUUUGUAGACUGUCACUGUAUAAAUAUAAAUAUAUAAAUGGGAACAUUUGUUAAAAAGUCAAGUAUGUGAACGGCAAAACAGGUACUUUUUUCU